GUUUUGCUUAAGGUCCCUGUGUAUAAAAUUUAAACAAUUCGCGAAUACAAAUAUAAAAUUGUGAAGAAACUUUAUAUUGUAUCAUAAAGGCGUCUUAAAGGCAUGGUCAGCUGUCAUAUGGUGGUACUCGGCAUUUAGCGGCCAUUUUCGACGAAUCUUCGUUUUCUGUUUACAUCGUUGAAGUUAAAGCAGCAAAUUUCGAAAAACUUGCAAUUUAAUUACUAAAAAAUUAGCAAAUUAUCCUAAAUACUGUAUAAAAUAGUGGAAAAUGUCGCGUAGUGUUCGUGCGGAAACUCGUAGCCGAGCUAAAGAUGACAUCAAACGUGUUAUGAAUGCAGUGGAAAAAGUGAGACAUUGGGAAAAGAAAUGGGUUACAAUUGGUGAUACAACCAUGAAAAUUUACAAAUGGGUGCCCAUAUCGAAUUCAGAGAAGAAAAAAGUGAGCAGUGUUAAUAAGAGUGAUAAGGAAAAUUCACAGAAAGGCACGCCAACACCACCUCAAAUAACGCCCUACGCCGGUCUGACUGCGGAAGAUUCGAACACCUGUUUCUCUAUGGUGAGCGAUUCCCAAGGUGCCACAGAAUUUGUUUCUAGCAUGCCAUUUUCUGAGGAUUCCAACUCGCAAGGCAGUGAAGGUCCAGUGAAACGACUAAAAACUAGUGAUUAAUUAUAAUAUAUAUUCGUAAAUAAACAUGUUCGUAUCGCAUCCACUGCAAAUCGCAAUCAGUCACACUCGAAAAUCAAGCAAUUUUCAAGAAUUGAAAAAUUAAUUUAUGUUAUUGAAGCAAAAACAAAAACAAAAAAAUAGAGAAAAUUAAUUCCCAUGGAUAUUUUGUACGCUGCAGAGUAGUAUUGUAUAUGUGGAAAUUAAAUAUCGCAUACAAAUAUUUUCUACUACGCUGAGCUACUGCUGCUAACUAAUUAAUUUUAAGCAAUUUAUUAUAUUAAAUAAUUUAAUUUACUUACAUAUAUGAAAUGUGCGCCUAGCUUAGUCAUCAUUACUCUAGUAUUAAGUGAAAUCCUUCUCCAAAUUUUGUAAUUUAUAUAUAUAAAAAAUACACUUUACGUGCAAGUGCUAUGGAGAAGGAGUGUGUGCACACGGAGAAUUUUUACAAUCGUAUUAAUAGUUGAUUAUGAUGAAGACAUUUUCAUUAUAUUGUAUAAUUUUUUUUCUUAGUUAAUGGUAGUGUGCGAGCAAUUGCAUUAAAAGUCCGCAUUAAAUAAAAAUAAAAUAAAAACAUACAUACCUACAAAAAUAAAAUACCACGCAAUGGCGGUGAUCGUGCACAUUGUACGGUUGACGUAAUGAGGCUGUCUGAAGGCACGUACGUAACUUAAAACCUGCAUAUUUCGAGUCUCUGUCAGUUGAAUAAAUCAAUAUUAA